AUGGCCUACGAUUUGAAGUUUGUCGCCUCCCAGUUUCGCUGGCUCCACAGCCAGCAACUCCAGCACAAUUUCAGGCUAGGCUUUUGGACCAUGAAUCUCCUAUUAAAGCCUAGAAACAUGCUCAAUAUUGUCACUGGAUACUUUAGGGGACUAUGGAGAACAUGGGCGGCUUGUUUCAUAAAAGCGGCGCGGCGGAGGCAUUGCCAGAGAAAGCUUGACAGGUCUUUAAGGGAAGCAGAGGACAGGCUGCAAGAUGUCCUGGUGAAUGAGAGUGGAAGCACACCAAGCCUUGGUGCCACCAUUUAUGCCUCGAGGUUUGCUGCAAAUGCAUUGAAAGGUUUAAGACAAAGCGAUGUGUGUAGCUCUAGACCCACGCAGAGAUUGAUGCCCUUGCUACCUCAUCAUAAACCUGCUGAGCCUGAUUUCACUGCUAAGCAUCGCUAG